AUGGAGUUACCAGUAUUCAGUGAUGGUGUGAACCUCGCUGCAUACAGACCCAGUCUUUCCCUGUCAGUGGUCAAUGGGAAAGAAACACCUGGAGGGUUUGCUGAGUCUGGCUAUUACCAGUGUUAUGGUGACAUGAGCAGUGUAGCUUCCAAUGGAUCUAUUCAAACUGGGUAUGAGACUCUGGAUUCCCCGCCACACUAUGACUUCUAUGCCAACACUGAGGUGUGGGGCCGUCGGAGGCGUUUCAGACCAUCUCUGUACCAGCUGCAUGCAAACUUUGAGGUAAGAAACCUCUGCUCAUUGACUCAUGUUCUCAUUUCCUUACAGACCAAAAACUGCAGGUUGACCUCUUGCUUAAUUUAAAAGUAAACUUAACCCACUAGUAACCACUGAAUAUGUUACGUGAUGUGAAAUUCUCCUUUUUUGACUUAUCAGGCAGCUGUCUGUCUGUACGGAAAUAUAGUUGUCUGAUUUAUAACUUAAGGUAUCCCCCCUGUUUCAUUUCUUAAACUUUUCUUCCUUUUUACGUUUUUUUGAAGUUUGACACUUUAAAUAUGAAGCGAGAUUUCAUUUUAAAUAAGAGUCACUUGUCUUUUUUGAAUUAUUAUUAGAAUGACACCAGACCUCCUUUGUAUGAGGAGACAACAGGUGGAAGAGACAGCUCUGGAGAGGAUGAGGAUGAGCAGAAGGAGCCACCACCUGAACCAACUCGCUUUGGCUGGGUGCAGGGGGUCAUGGUAGGCAUAUUAAUGUGACUGGGCUGGGGUUUUUGAAAAGCACUUUGGUGCCAGGACUCUCGAGCUAAUACAGACUAAUUCACAUGUUAUACAAAAACAUGACCAAAAAGUCACUCCUGUUCUUUUCAAAGGAACUCUGAUGCACAUGAAAAUAUGAUAACUGUCUUGAUACACAACAGUUCAUUUAUAACGAAAAAACAUCCUAAUCUUUCCACCGAGGGAUUUGUUCACAAAAUCUUUCUCAAAUGACAAGAGGCAGACACCAGAGUUACAGAUAUGUAAUGAAGGUACAUUUAAUUCUUGCAAUGCUUCAAGCAGGUGCACAGAAGUGGUCCCUGAUUGUGGGGUUCGCGGGUCUUUUAUCCUGGCUUUUUCAGUCUUCUCAGAUCUUCAUCAUCAUUUACAAAUAUGGUCAACGGACAACUUAAACAAGUAACCCUUGUCCUUGGAUUCAUUCUAUUUAUCAUGCGUCCUUGCAUAGUUUCAACAUCACAGUGACCUUAUCCUUCACAUUAUCUUUGUUUUACCACCUCUAUGCACAUCUUAUAUAAUAUUCCAUCAGUGUUACACUUUGUCAAAAUUAUUUUCUUUCUCAAGAACCUUUACUUAUUCAUCUGAAAUCCUCUGAUUUUAUUUUUCUAAAUAAUAGAGGUACGGCACAGUCUGUCCUAUCAAAAUGAGUGUGAAGAAAUAUUCAACAAAUUUCUUAACUCUAUACAGUAGUUUGAGUAUGUGAUUUUUAUACAAAUUGAAGUGACACUGAUUCAAAAGUUGAUAAGUUUGUUUUUAUAAGACACCUGGGUUAAAUAAGUGCAACGAAAUUCUCUCUGCUCACGAUUCAUUUGGUAAUCCCUCUCUGUUGGCAAAAUACUCCAAAUAAUUCAGCUUUGGGGUAGUGACUGAGGUGCCAAAAUGGCAACUUCUCAGGGAAAAAAAGAUCAAAGAUUUAUAACCAGCAAACACACCAAAGGCAGAAUAAAUAUAAACAGCUCCUGUGUCUUAAUCAGAUUAAUUUAGCAAUUAUGCCAUUGUUUACUUUCAGAUCCGGUGCAUGCUCAAUAUCUGGGGGGUUAUCUUGUACCUGAGGCUUCCUUGGAUCACUGCUCAGGCUGGUGUUGGUAUGUAGACUGUUUUUCAGGUAGUUCAAUCUCUGUCCGAGUCUUUUCUGUUUUUCACUGUGUCCUCAUUGUCCUCAGGUUUGACUUGGGUGAUUAUCCUGCUGUCUUCUUGUAUAACUGGGAUCACUGGUCUCUCAACAUCAGCUAUUGCCACCAACGGAAAGGUCAAAGGAGGUCUGUUCACAAAGCAACACAUGCAGAAGUCUCUUGGUCAUCUGUUUUUAUCACUUUAAACUUAAAAUGAUUUACAUAUUCAGUAGAAACACCAACUUUCUCAUAUCUUCAUAAUCAUCCAAUGAUUUUCUGACUUUAUUCUCACACAUCUUCAGGGGGGACCUACUUUCUGAUCAGCCGCAGCCUUGGUCCAGAGCUUGGUGGGUCCAUCGGUCUGAUUUUUGCCUUUGCCAACGCUGUAGCUGUUGCCAUGCACACUGUGGGCUUUGCUGAGACUGUGACAGAUCUAAUGCGAGUAUGUAGAGUAGCUUCAGUGAGACUGUAGAGUGAACAAAUUUCCAAUCUGUUCAUACUCACUCAUUAACUAACCGUCCUUUUCAGGAACAUGGCGCUGUCAUGGUGGAUCGAACCAAUGACAUCCGCAUCAUUGGCGUCAUCACUGUUACAUGUCUGCUUGGAAUUUCAAUGGCUGGCAUGGCAUGGGAGUCAAAGGUGAGACACACAGAAAUUUACACAGAAUUAUGAAUGUUUCUAUGAGUAUUACAGAAAAACUUAUGGCAAGUAACAAGAUUUAGAACUAUUGUUUUUCUAUUUAGCAUGACACAAUUAUGUUUGCUUUCUAUAACCACCAAUUUUAUGUUGAUGAAGUUAGGUGCUGUUCUGAGCAUUAUUUGUGGCUAUAGAGUGGCUUUUUGGUUGAGGUUCAUGUGUGGAGAUGUAGACCGCUGUGUAUUGCUAUCAUGCAGUCGUUACUAAAGUUGGUAUAACGAGAGAAGCAAGCAGUUGGCAACAUUCAUCUCUCGAGGGGAUGUCUAACUUGGUGUUAUGGUGUGUUAGACUGGAAUAUAGUGCUACGCUGGAAUAUCCCUUUAACUCAAGUAUAAGUUUCACAACUUGUCAAGGAUCUUUUUCCAUGUAUAGCAUCAGUCUCUCUCCAAUUAAGUUCAUGUGGAUCACUCAAAAGUGAUCCCUUACCUGCCCCAAAAGCAGUAUAAACAAAGAUAGGUUGAUUAAUUCAGAUAACCACACACAGGAAAGGAAUCAGAGUAAUGGUAUUAACUUUUGAUGAUAAGAGGUCUGACCAAAAUUUAAUGUUAAUGUAAUGUCCAGUUUGCUUACGUGUCAGUCAAUUGUUUAGCUUUGUGACAUAGCAGGUCAACCAGGAGACAACCCAGGGGGCAGAGCUGGACAUGUUUACCUCAAUAAUUUGAUUCCUGCUCAACUCAAUACUUGUAAACUGGGACAAGGACAGUGGUCCAAUUAAAUCGCCUGAUACAGCUAUAACUGUAGCUUGACUUGACUGUAUACGUUGAUGUACCAAGUGCUUCUUCUCUCCUCUAGCUCAUUAACUGAAAUCAUUUAUUAUGCUAUUUCACAUUCACCCAUUCACACCACGUUCAUAUACUCAUGGCAGAGGAUUCUGAGUAAAGUGUCAGUAUAAACUACCUCCAUUUACACACUCAUACAUUGCUGGUUAUGACAUCAAUGUCAUAAAUAGCAGUGUUGGUGUCUUGCCCGACAUGUCACUUAAUUGCUCAAAUGGGGCUGGGGUUGGAUCACCAACCAACCAAGGCACAUUCAACUCUGCCAAUGACCCCCAGCUGACCCAUUCUGAUAAAAUUAGGACAGCAGUGAUAUACAAUGAGGCCCCAUCCCCUUUAGAAUCCAACCUUCAUUUGGCUGUUGAGUAAGAGAAGCUUGUCCAGGUGAGUCUCAAAUAUCAGUCUAAACUCUUUGGCAGCAGGUUUCUCGUAGCCCUCAUGUUUCAGCUGCACGCCCUUCUUGUCAAAACUGUCCAUUUGAAGGACACUGGCUCUUAUCCCAUGAGACCCAUUGCAGUCCUGUAUGCCGGCCCUAGCCUCGCAUGGUGGCAAGUGCCUCACACGGAUUGAGGGACAGAGCCCAGAAGAUCUGCAGGGGCGGUACCUGGAAAUCCCAGUAGUGCAUGAUGCCAUUCUGCAGAGGAUAUUGUAUUGGAGUCAUGUUUCAAUUGAUACUGUUUGCACUGAUCAUGGUGUCAUGAGACCUCCUGGGGAAAGACAGCAUGGCUGUCUUGUCCUUGAAGAAACCCUGGCUGGGUUACUUCUCUUAUGAGUAGGAAAAGCCAACCAGGACCUGAUCAGUGCAUCCUUUCAUGACAGCUGGAACAAUAUCACCUCAGAAAGAUUGUAUUUGUAUACAUGCUAGGUUAUAAUCAUUUCUCCUUUGCUGUGAUAAUAGGUUUGGAGAAAGACGGUAGCUUUUGAAGCAUGUAAAAUUGUGUUUGAUUCUAUGUGUUAACUGUGUCUCUUUCUUUCUUCAGGCUCAAGUUUUAUUCUUUCUGGUCAUCAUGGUGUCUUUUGCUAGUUACAUUGUUGGAACAAUCCUCCCUGCCUCACCAGAGAAACAAGCCAAGGGUUUCUUUAGCUACAAAGGUAAAAAUUAAUUUUCUGCUGCUGAGAAUUUUUUAGAGAAUCUGAAAAGCAGUCAAUCAUUUUGUAAAGCAUUGUCAAAUGAGGCACUAUUUAAACAAAAGAUCACAGAAAUUUUGUGCAUGAUGUUCGUGGCAUAUGAAAACUUCCUGUGGAAACUAAACUGUGGAAAACUAAGAAUUUAAAACACUCAACAGCGGAUAUCUUCGCUACCAACUUUGUGCCCAACUGGCGAGGGCAAGAGGGAAGCUUCUUUGGCAUGUUCUCCAUUUUUUUCCCUUCUGCCACAGGCAUCUUGGCAGGAGCUAACAUCUCUGGAGAUCUGAAAGUAUGUCCUUUUUCUUCUUGCACGAAAUACUUUAAUUAGUUUAUUUAUUUGAAUGAGUUAACUUGCAUUGUUGCUAAGAAAAAUACAUAAACAGAUAAAUGAAUUUUUCUGACAUACACUGUUCAUUUUAUGGAAUGUGUAACCUAAUUAUGCUCAAUAAGGUUAACGUUUUAGAUUUUGGUCCCUUUUUCCCCAGAAUCCAGCAGUGGCCAUUCCUAGAGGGACACUAAUGGCAAUUUUCUGGACCACUAUCUCCUACCUCAUCAUUACUGCAACCAUUGGUACUGUAUAUCUUUGCUGCCAACCAGACCUACUUCAAGUGAUAGUACAUGUGUCUGCCGAAAUGGACACUGAAUGGAGGACAAAAGCUAAAAUAAUUCCCACUUACCCACUUACCAUGACUUCAUCUAUCUCUGUGAAGUCGAUUUUAAUUUCACCCUUACUAAAAAGAAAAAAAGUUAGCUGAUAUAAUGCAAGUCAUUGAAACAAUCACAUUUUAGUAUUCAAGCUGUGAUGUUUUUCCACCGUAUGUUUAUGUAUAUAUGGAGAUAUUUAGAUGUGUAUAUGAAUAUUUAUGCCUGUGUAUGCUUGUGUGCAUUUGUUUUCAGCAUCUUGUGUUGUGCGGGAUGCUUCUGGCCUGUUAAAUGACACUCUGGCACUGACCUCCAGCAAGAACUGUGUUGGUUUAGCUUGUCAGUAUGGAUGGGACUUCACCGAGUGUAUCAACAACAACACAUGUAGCUACGGCAUCAGUAACUACUAUCAGGCAAGCAUGAGCUCGCAUGCUGACAUGACAUGAAAAUUUAUGGUAUGUUUCUACUUCAUGAUCUGUUUCCAAAUGUGUGGCCGAGACAGACAUUGAGGCUGAAGCUAUCUCUGUAACUCUGUACAAAGGCACUGGCCUCAUAAAAUUCUGUACAACACCUACUUAAACAUAAAAAUAAAUCAAUCAUUUACAUCUAGUUUCCGCCCAAAGUCAGCUAAGAAGACAGGCUCAAUAAAAACUGACAGCAUCGUGUCAGCAGGGAUGUUAGAUAAAUAAUUCAGCCCUCACUGCGACCCCUAAAUCAGACAUAUCGACAGUAGGUCACCUUGUGUACAAAAAGACAGUUUUCCUCUGGUAAUUACAGUCAAUCUAAUGAGUAAACACAUCAUCUGUGUCUCCAGUCGAUGAGCAUGGUGUCAGCUUUCGCCCCUCUCAUCACUGCGGGGAUAUUUGGAGCCACACUGUCCUCUGCUUUAGCCUGCCUGGUGUCUGCUCCCAAAGUGUUCCAGGUAUACACACACACACACACACACACACACACACACACACACACACACACACACACACACACACACACACACACAUACAUAUUCUACAGAUGUUCAAACGUGAGUGUGUUUUCCAAUGUCAAUGUCAAGUUUAUUUGUAUAGCACGUUUAAAACAGCCAGUGGCCUAGCAAAGUGCUUUACAAUAACGAAGCAGUAGCAUUUAAAGCAAGUCAUACAACAGCUACAACAAAAGACAUGUAACAUAUAAAUGUAAACAAAAACGAAUAUAGAACCAAUACUAGAAAAGCACUCUGAGAGCGCAGACCUCCGCCAAGCAGCUCAUGUCCCCCCUUAAACAAGAAAUGCCCUGACCGGAAUUCGAACCUAGGACCUUCUGGUUGUGAGGGGACAGUGCUAACCACUACACCACUGUGCCGCCCAUUGGUUAUCUUUCAGCUUUAAAAAUUUCAAUGACACCCUUAUUAUUACCUCCGCCAAGGAGGUUCUGUUUUCGGUAGCGUUGGUUUGUUUGUCUGUUAGCAACUUUACGGAGAAAGUAACAGACGGAUUGACCUGAACACACAAAAAUAAGGGUGUCAUUGGAAUUUUCAAUGCUGAAAGAUAAUCAAUGGGUGGCACAGUGGUGUAGUGGUUAGCACUGUCGCCUCACAACUAGAAGGUCUCGGGUAAAGUUGCUAACAGUCAAACAAACCAAAAAACAAACAAACCAACACUACCGAAAACAUAACCUCCUUGGCGGAGGUAACAAGGCACGUCUAAGACGACUCAGUUAGCAGACCUAAGGGCUCUGGAGGGUUGGUGUAGCUUAACAAGCUCAGCCAGGCACUCCGGGGCCAGCCCAUUCAGAGAUUUAAAAACAAAUAAAAGAAUCUUAGCAACGAUCCUGUACCUAACUGGAAGCCAGUGUAGAGAAGAGAGCACUGGAGUUAUGUGCUCAUGCUUCUUGGUGCCAGAAAGGAGGCGAGCUGCCGCAUUCUGCACGAGCUGCAGGCGGUUAAGCUCAGCCUGGUCAACGCCAAAGUAAAGGGAAUUGCAGUAAUCCAAGCGAGAAGUAAUAAAAGAAUGGAUUACUGUUUCCAGGUCUCUCUGGUUGAGAUAUGGUUUAAUCUUAGCCAAAAGCCUCAGUUGAAAGAAGCUGGACUUGAACACAGCACUGACCUACUUGUCCAGUUUGAAGUCACCAUCAAUAAUAAACCCAAGAUUCCUGGCAUGGGAUUUUACGUACGGUGCUAAUGGGUUGAGGGAGCUGGCGAGGACCUGAACCAGGUCGGGACGGCCGAACAGGAUAACCUCUGUUUUGUUUUUGUUUCCAGUUUUUCCUCCCUCAUGUUAAGAUGCAUGUAAUGUUUUUGCCCCAAUUUUUCACCUCUUUUUUUCCCUUUCUUUUUUUCUUCUGCAGUGUCUGUGCAAGGACAAACUCUACCCUUUCAUUGGCUUCUUUGGUAAAAGUUAUGGAAAGAAUGAUGAACCACUCAGAAGCUACCUGCUGGCAUACAUCAUCGCGGUCUGCUUUAUUCUCAUUGGUGAGACAAAGAGGAGUAUGAGCUGGAGUUAGGCUUUAUAAACCAGGAAAUGUUUCAUAGAGAAAAUCAAGUGAUAGGGGGAAUCUAGAGAAAUACCUUGUGUGUUAUCCAUCUUUAAGACACACAAAGAAACUAUUUUAUAUCCCAACCAGAGUUUAAAUUAGAAAUCUGUAGGUAUUUGUCCUUGUUAGUGUCUGAAAAUGAUCAUACAAACUUUUACAAAGAUUUCAGUUGCUAUUAAUUGUAAUCAAGACAGAGAUUUAUGCUUUUGAUGGUGUUAACUUUUGUGUACUCAACAGAGGAACAUGUUGGAUUUAUAUUACUCUGUUACAGGAGAAUAAGCACAUGCUGUAUUUAUCUCUGGAUAAUCCCAUACCAAAACUACUAACUCACCACGAAAAAUAGGGGUGGGGAAAAAAAAUCAAUACAACAUAGUAUGGCAAUAUUUUGUCAGGUAAUAUAUCGAAUCGUCUAAUUUACAAAGUAUCAAUUUUUCAAAUUAAUUGCUAAUAUGAAGUCAAAUCUAUGAUAAAUGAGAAAUAAAAUCAACUGUUUGUCCAGUGAGGUUGGCAGAGGUGACAUCUUAGAGCAGGAGAAAGUUAGUACAACAAAUAUAUAUAUAAUGUUUGCAAGAUGUGCUGCAUGGAAAUACAAUACAGUGUAAAUAAGUCAAACAUAAAGGGAAAACAAACGCUAAAUUAGAUAAACUGUUGAAAAAAUUAUAUAAAUUGCAAUAUAUUGUAUUGCAAUGCUCACAGUAUUGCAAAAGAAAAAAUUGCAAUAAUAUUGUAUCGUGGCCCAAGUAUCGUGAUAUUAUCGUAUCGUGGGACCACUAGUGAUUCCUACCCCUAACAAGUAAUACUUCAGGCUUCUGUAAAGGCUUAAACAAAAAUCAAUUAUAGUGUGAAACAAGUAAUUAUGGUCCAAUUUCAAGUUGUUGUUUUUUUUUCCACAGCUGAACUGAACACCAUUGCUCCCAUCAUCUCCAACUUCUUCCUUUGCUCCUACUCUCUGAUCAACUUCAGCUGCUUUCAUGCUUCAAUCACCAACUCACCAGGUAAAUAAACUCAGAAAAGUUAACAACUAGAAAAGCACUCGGAGAGCGCAGACCUCCGCCAACUCAUAAAACUCAUUUAGAUCCUUUUGUGUAAUUUUUCACUAAAGACUCUGGACAUUUUUAUAGAGUUAAAUGCAAAAAUUCCAAAAUUUGCCCUAUCUCACAAUGAUAAAGAAUCCUUCAAAAAAAUUCCUGGAUCCAGAAGGCGAUCCGGAUCACCACCAAAAUGUAAUGGGAUCCUCCUGGGGCUGAGAUGCACCUCUGGUGAAAAUUUCAGGUCAAUCCGUCUGUAACUUUCUCCAUAAAGUUGUUCACAAACAAACAAACAAACAAACAAACAAACAAACUAGAAAAGCACUCAGAGAGCGCAGACCUCCGCCAAGCAGCUCAUGUCCUCCCUGAAACAAGAAAUGCCCUGACUGGGAUUUGAACCCAGGACCAUCUGGCUGUGAGGCAACAGUGCUAACCACUUCACCACUAUGCCACCCAUCUACACUACUGUGCUGCCCAUCUACACCACUGUGCUGCCCAUCGGUUAUCUUUAAGCAUUGAAAAUUCCAACGACACUCUUAUUUUUGUGUGUUCUGGAUCACAGUAUCCAGAAUUUUGUCCGGAUCACCACCAAAAUGUAAUGGGAUCCUCCUGGGGCUGAGACGCACCUCUGGUGAAAAUUUCAGGUCAAUCCGUCUGUUACUUUCUCUGUAAAGUUGCAAACAGACAAACAAACAAACCAAUGCUACCGAAAACAUAACCUCCUUGGCGGAGGUAAUUACAAUGAAAGGGAUGCAAACAGCCUGUAAACAGAGUUUUAGCUCUUUAGAGAAAUGUUCAUAUAUGUGCAUGAUUUAGAGAGUUUGUGUGUGUGUGUGUGUGUGUGUGUGUGUGUGUGUGUGUGUGUGUGUGUGUGUGUGUGUGUGUGUGUGUGUGUGUGUGUGUGUGUGCGUGUGUGCGUGUACGUGUGUGUGCACAGGUUGGCGUCCGUCCUUCAGAUUCUACAGUAAGUGGCUGUCACUGCUGGGGACAGUCUGCUGCGUCGUCAUCAUGUUCCUGCUAAACUGGUGGGCAGCUCUCAUUGCCUUUGGCAUUGUCUUCCUUCUUUUGGGAUACACACUCUACAAGAAGCCCGGUAAACUCACACACAACAAACACAAACACUUGACCUCUUCCUCUCUAUGCUGACACUUGUUCUCCUCUCUGGGGUUAGCUGUAAACUGGGGUUCCUCAGUACAGGCCAGCUCCUACAACAUGGCUCUGACCCAGUGUGUUGGCCUCAACCAUGUGGAGGACCAUGUGAAGAAUUACAGGUCAGUAACAGGCUGAUUUAAAACACUUGAAAGUUCCUCUUGGAAAUGGGGUUAGGGCAGGGACAUCUUCCCUUUUAAGUAUAAAUCGCAAGUAAACUGCAGUGAGUCCUCAAAAACCAUCAAGGGGUUAGUAUAUGUUAAGGAUAUGUGAAGUAUAGGUAUAUGUUAUGUUAAAAGUAUUGAGUAGAUACAGACAUCCAGCGAAUGUGAUGAUGAAGACAGGACAAAAUCCUCUCUGAAUGAGGUGGUAGCAGAAAUGAAGAGAAGGAUGAAAAGGAAAUACAUAACUAUUAGCUUGUAAAAUCAAACUUGAUAAAAAUAAAUAUAUUGUUUAUUUAUCAGCUCUUCUUUAAUCCUUUAAUCUCUGUCUGAAAAAUUAAGAUAUUAGUGACAAAAGUCUUAAGAGAAACAGUGUUCAAAAGUUGAUAUGAUAUCAAAGUAAGUAUAAAACUUGUCCACAUCACAUAAAUCAGAGAUAGGGCUCUAUUUUUCAUGCCUUGCCAGCGGCAUGGCGCACGUGCAGCAUAAGUCAGGUCCGCCGUGCCAAUAAGGCGUUACCAAGCACAUUUUGGUAUUUAACCCAGCUCCUCCCAGCGGCGUAAACUGGUAGGCGGACAGACAGAAAUAUAUUAAAAGAAGUAAGGGAAAAGCAGCAUAAUGUGAGAAUGAAAGAGGAGGACAGGGAUGGUUUAAAUUCAUGAGAAAAGGUGUGGUGGAGGUGUGGUAGCAUUGCCAAAAUAUCCACCUGUAACCUGUAGCUUUUUAUUUACUCCACACAGUUGUGUCCAUUAUGUUAUCUCUCUCUAAAAGAAAAAAAAAGGAAUAAAACGUGAUUUCCACAGAAUCAGACUCUCUCUAUAUUACAAAUAAGACUUUGGUAUGCGAUGAGGUGUACCAACUGCCAGCUCUCCAAUUCUUUCAUCCAAGAGCGAAUAAAACAAACCAAAGACACCUUUAAACCCCCAAUAAAAAUCUGGUGUCGUAGACUGUCCAUAUAAAGACAACAGGGGGGGGUUUUGUGUGUCAUCUGGAGCUCUGGACUAAGAUGUUCAGCAUCUUCGCUCAGUGUGAUUUAUGUCUUUCCUUAGGCCUCAGUGUUUGGUGCUCACAGGUCCUCCCUGCAGUCGUCCAGCUCUGGUGGAUCUUGUCUCCUGUUUCACAAAGGGUCUCAGUCUCAUGAUGUGUGGCAAUGUCAUCACUGUGAGUUAAAGUCAACAUGCAAAUCACAUGGUUAAGAUUAUACCGACAGUGUUUAAAGACCAUCUGUAUGAUUCUAUGUGUGGCAGACUGAACCUUCUCCAUCAGUGGUCGAUGAUGCCAGCAGUGAUAGCCAUGUAAACUGGCUCAACCAAAGGAAGGUGAAGUCUUUCUACAGAGGUGUGGUGGCAGCAGAGCUCAGAACAGGAGUUAACGUCCUAUUACAGGUAAUGAAAAAUAUACAGUAUAAAUGGUAACACCUCAUCUAUUGUCUGCGUUUACAUGAGCACAAAUAAUCAGAAUAAAUGCCCAUUCGCGACAAAAAUGUGUCACGUAAACAUGUCAAUCAAAAGAUUCAGAUCCAUUUCAGCUCAAUUGGAAAGAAAUUGUAUUCCGAUCGGAAGGUGGUUUAUGCUGAUUGUUUUACACUUCUUCCGUUCCGGAUUACCACCAAAAUGUAAUGGGAUCCUCCUGGGGCUGAGACGCACCUCUGGUGAAAAUUUCAGGUCAAUCCGUCUGUUACUUUCUACGUAAAGUUGGUAACAGACAAACAAACAAACUAACAAACAAACCAAUGCUACCAAAAACAUAACUCCCUCCUUGGCGGAGGUAAUAAGCAGCUUUUCAUUCCGCAAAGAGAACCCAACAUUUAUUGAAACAUGCUUUUCAUAUCCGUUUACUUUCUAACUAAUGAUGUAGCUUCCUCUCAAUGGAAAUGAUUCUGUCCUGACUCGUCAGUGCUACUUCUUUUGUGUGCUUACCUUUGUAUCUCUGUGUCAUCUUUAACUCUAUCACUUAUGAGCCCGAGUUUGUAGAUUCAGUUUUUUACCAGAUUACUGUAUAUACCCUCAGAACUAAUGUCAGGUUCCUCUCCUGUCCAUCAGGGGGCAGGUCUGGGUCGUAUGAAGCCAAAUGUCCUGCUGAUGGGUUUUAAGAAGGACUGGCACUCUGACACACCUGAUGCCACACACAACUACAUAGGAAUACUUCAGUGAGUAUAGAGGGUAUUAAACACCUCUUACUGUGUGUUUGAACUUCUGGAUGAUCAAAGUAAGCUCUGAUGACCAUGAAGCUUUCUAGUGUUCAUUUUUUACAACCACAUGAGGGUGAAAUGUGUGUUUCAGUGAUACAUUUGACCUUCAGUAUGGCCUGUGCGUGUUGAGAAUGCGGGAAGGACUGGAUGUAUCUCUUCCUUCUCGGUCACAUGGUGAGUAGGGUUUCCAACCGGGAUCGUAUCGUAUUUGAAAACAAAAAGACAUGUCCCGUAAUGAACUAAAACGGGACGCUUCUUUUCCCAUAUUUUCGGACAGCGUCUCUCUGCCUAACACACUGUCACAGACUCACAUCAGCAGCUUGGCAGCUGAGCUAUGGGACAAGUUACAAAACACAGCAGACUACCAGCUAUGGGUUGUUAACAAAAGCACGUUAUGCAUAGCAACUGUAACUGCUUCUCAUUUACACAACUCUGGACACAUGUACUUACUCAAACAAAGAGGGGUGUGUGAUAAUGUCCUCUCUGGUUCCAUAGGCAGUUUUAGGAUUUGCCAGCAGGGGGUGCAACUUGCCAGAGAAGUUAGUCUUUGUUUUUUGGUUUGUUUUUUUGCAAGGCCAAACCUGGAAAACUCAUGUUUACUGAUUCACAAUAGGAUGGGAUGUUUUAGUUUGUCAUAUUUUAAGGAGGUUAUAUAAUUAAAGGUUUACUGUAAUAAAGUGUUUGCACUUUGACUUCUUGAAUAAGUCAAACAUUGUUUCAAUACGGUGACAUUUCACUAUAAAUGUUCAAUGAAGAAUUAUUAUUAUUAUUUUGCACACAAUAAAUUCUUCAAUGAUACAUUGAUAAUGUUUCUUGUGUAGUCUGUCUAUAAAUUAAAUACAAAUUAAGGUUUAAUUUAUGGUUAUUAAUUAAUGUUUGUGUACAUGCCUUGGGCUCGCUGAUUCUAGUUGCAUUUACUUGGUAUAUGAAUAGGACUUGGUGUAACAUAUUAGGCAUGAUGUUUGUAUAACUGUGACUAUUAUUUUUUUUUGUAUGCACAUAAAUCCCCACAUUUUUCGGCCCGGCCUGAGAUAAGGGACACCCAAAUUUUAUAAGGGACACCAAAAAUUUUUUUGUCCCUUAUUUCAAUCUCUUGGAGUUGGCAACCCUAACGGGGAGAGCUGUGUUACACGUGUGUAUCUCAGGAUGGCUGAAUUUGACAUCAGUGAAGGUUGAUAGCUACAGUGCCCGAUUUUUAAACAUGGAAAAGGCCUUCAUCCCUUUAUAUUUGACUUGAAUUAGUUUUCAUGAUUGUUUGUGAAAAAUCAUCUCUAACUGUUUCAGUGAAUCCAGUCUUCGAUGCCAGACAAGAGAGCAUAAACACCAUCUCUUCCAUCCCUUGUGGUCAAACAAGCUCCACAGGUUUGUAUUUGUGCUUGACUUUUUUGUGUUCUUUGUAUUUGCAUUGAUUUUUUUUUUUUUUUUACAUUAGUGUGGUGUCCAUGGAGAUUUACGUUGUACAUGCAAAUUUGGCAGCGAAUAAACCAUUUACUUAACAAAUUUUGAGUCUCAGGCCCCAACUACACGAAUGCGGAUAUAUUUCAAACCGCACAUAUUUAUGUCCGAUUAGGCCUCCCUACCACACCAAAACAGGAGUUUGGAGCACUCAACCGGAUAAAUCUGAAUCCGAAAAAACAAGUGGAGAAAUAAAAAAAUAUCCAUAUAAGUGGAUUCGUGUGGUUGAACUUUUACGGAUCGAUGACGUCAAACCGCAGCUCGACCAUGCGAAUUAAAAAGAAAAACAACAACAACAACGAUGGCGGACAUACAGGGUAUUCUUUACAUUUGUUUUGCCCUUUUGGGGCUAAUUUCAGCCUUGACAGUGAACCUUGUUUUAUACAAUUACAUCCACCAGUCAGCCAGCUCACAGAGGCGUCUGCUGCGCCCAAUACUUUUAUUGGAGAGCAAUCGUAACGUUAACGUUAGGCGUUUUAAAGUUCGCCAGAAGCGGAAGUUUUAUGUCAAACCCGGUCGGACCAGCAAGUGGUGGGACAACUUCGUCAGAGGGGCUGUGCCUGCAGAUGACACCGUCACAUGGACCCGACGCACUAGCGUAGCUUCCGCAAACAAUGCAUGACGCAUCACGCUGUUACGAUUCAUCGGCCAAUCAGGUAGCUUUGUUCCUGAAUUUUUUUAAGCGGCACCAGAUAGGAUUGAGUUUAAAGGCUACGUGUGGACGCAGAUAUUUUUGAGAACUAACACGUGUGGACAGAUACAUUUAUUUAGACGGGAGUACAAAAAUAUCCUGAUAAAUAAAUAUCUAUAUACGUGUCGUCCGGGCCUAAGUCCUUUGAAAGAUAUUUUUGAUCAUAAAUGAAAUGUCAAAUGUCAACACAAUUUUCUUUGUACUUCAUGUUUGCAGUUACUGUAUCUGUUGAAGGGAAGCUUCAGCACGGCACAGUGUUCCAGAAAAAACAAGGAAAGAAAACCAUUGAUGUAUACUGGCUGUCUGAUGAUGGAGGUCUGAUCAUUUCCAUUUGUUUAAAUAAAGUUUAAAGAGAUAUUACGGUGUAAAAUUAACUUAGGGUCAAACACACUGUAACAGAGUUAGACACCCCCUUGAGAGAUGAAUUUUGCCGACUGCUUGCUUCUCUAGUUAUACUAACUUUAGUAACGACUGCACAAUAGCAGUACACAGUGGUCUACGUCUCCACACAUAAACUUCAACCAAAACGCCGCUCUAUAGCCACAAAUAAUGCUCAGAACAGCACCUAACUUCAUCAACAGGACAUAUAGGGUCCCAGCCAUAGUACUAGACACCAAACAUCUUUUUAACUUUGCCUGAUUUCUUUAGCAAAGAGACUAAACACAACUCACCCACUCUCCUCCAGCAGCCGCUUGUUAUUGAGGGAAGCUUUGACGAGUUGAUCACUGAGAGCAGCGGAUCAUUUCCUUGAAGUAAUAAUCAUCAUUAUAAUCAUUUUGCACUGUAGAUAUGGUAGUUCUUCUGCCUUAGCAUCUUGGUCUGAUUGCAUUUCCAUGAAGUAAUGAUCAUAAAUGUUCUUCCUUGAGCUGCGAAACUCCGCUGCAUUCAGUGAUCGACUCAUCAGGGCUCCCCUACAAACAAGCGGCUGCUGGAAGAGAGUGGGUGAGUUGUGUUUAGUCUCUUUGCUAAAGAAAUCAGGCAAAGUUAAAAAGAUGUUUGGUGGCGAGUACUAUGGCUGGAACCCCUUUUGGUUGAAGUUUGUGCGUGGAGACAAAGACAUCUGUGUAUUGCUAUCAUGCAGUCAUUGCUGAAAUCGAUGUAACUAGAGAAGCAAACAGCCGACAACAUUCAUCUCUCGAGGGGGAGUCUAACUUGGUGUUACAGUGUGUUUGACCAUAACUUAAAUUUAUGCUGGAAUAUCCCUUUAAGUCUUUUAUGCAAGUCUUUUAUUUGAAAGGAAGAAUUUGCACUCUGUUUUAUAGAUAUUCAACUUCAUUAGAAUUUCGACCAGAUACAGAUGUGUGUGUUAUGUGUUUUAACAGGUCUAACCCUGCUGCUUCCCUACCUCUUGACUCGGAGGAAACGCUGGGCCGCAUGUAAAGUGCGAGUGUUUGUGGGAGGAGAUUCAGACAAGAAGGAAGAACAGAGAGAAGAGUGAACACUUAUAGAUGUUUCUUUAUCAUUUUAGUUACUUCAAAGGUUUAUGAAGCUGUGGUAGACUGUGGAAGCUCAUUUUUCCAAAAGCUUUGGAUAACUAAGUGAAUUAAAAAGUGGGUUAAUAAUCCUGAAAACAGAGCUCAGUGCUGUGGAUGAAUGUUUUCCUCUGUCUAGGGUGUUGGCACUGAUCAAGAAGUUUCGUCUUGGUUUCCAUGAUGUUGAAGUCCUUCCUGACAUCUACCAGAACCCUCAGUCUAUGAAGUAAGGCCAGUCAGAGAUGUUUUCUUUAAUGCAGAUACAGUGAAGCACAAACUGAGGAGUGCGGCCAGUCAGUGUCUUGGUGACUGCGUCCAACCCCGGAACUGCGGGACCCUGCAAGGCACCAGCCUUAACCCCCUCGGUUUUGCAGUUACCCCUUGAUCCAUGUCUGCAUGUCUUUGUGUGUUUCAGCAUUUAUCAGUUUGAGAAUAUGGUGAGCCGCUUCAGACUGAAUAAAGAUCCCAAACAGGACUCUGACUCAGCGACACCCAUGCAGCAAGAGGAGCCAUGGAUGAUCACUGACCAGGACAUAGAAAGGAACAAGGCCAAGGUCUGACCCAGAAGCAGGGACACUCAUACUGCUAAAGUCCUUCAAAUAGAGCAACAAUAUAUGAAUAUGAGAAAUAAUAACAUUUGUUCUGUCUACACGGGUUAAAGUCCAAACUUUGUGUGAUUCAGUCCCUCCGUCAGAUCCGCCUCAAUGAGGUCCUGAGGGAUUACUCCAGAGAAGCUGCUCUGAUUGUCAUGUGAGUACAGCUCAGAGGUGCUAUUCAAUAAAAGAGAAGAAAAUGCAGCAAAGAAAAAAUUACAAUUUCAUUUCAAGAUGAAAGACCUGCAGCACUCACUCCACACACUUACACAGCUGACUGUCCUUUUAAAAGUUACUGCUUUUAGAUGAUUAUUAAGUAUUGCUGUCUAUUGUGAACUGAUCACUUUAUUAAACAGCACCAUGCCUGUGGGGAGAAGAGGGACGUGUCCAAGCACCCUCUACAUGGCUUGGCUUGACUUCCUAUCACGUGACCUGAGGCCUCCAGUCCUAUUGGUCAGAGGAAACCAGGAAAAUGUCCUCACCUUCUACUGCCAAUAA